AUGAGUGUCAAGAGAAUAUCUAAGAUACUUAAAUCAGAAAGUCUCUAUAAUGGCUUAGUAGAUAUAACACUAGUACUGGGUAUUGAUGAAAAUACUGGACUGAUUCCAGUUGAAGAAACUGAUAAGUUUUCUUCGAAAGAAGUGUAUGAUAAUUUGUAUUACCAGGAUUUCGAGGCGCCGGUUCUGUCUGCCAUCACAUCCUCCAAGGCAUAUUAUUUUCAUCCUAAAUUACGAGAGGAUCCCAAAUACCCCCCCACCCACGACACAUCACAUAAUACAGACGUAGCAGAGAGUCAGAACGUCUUGUUUAGAGCUCGAGCUAAGAGUCUAGGUAGUAAAGGAAGAAAAAGAAGGUCUGGAUAUGCAAGUCGAAGCUUUUCCUCACAUCCAGACUCAAAACGACUAUCAACAAAACGUACAUUAACUGUGCCUGCUCCAGACCUGCCCAUUUCUGAUGAAGUUUUGAAUUCCAUCACUACCUUCUGUUUUCCAGAUAAUGCCAAAGCGUAUCGUCAUAAACCUGAAAAUGAGGUUCAUUUCCUCGUCUUGACGGAUAUUUCAGGACGGAAGAGUUAUGCCACUUGUUUAACAUUUUAUAAACCAUUUAUUGUUUGGCAGGAUACAGAGUACAAUAUACACCUUGACCUGGAUACAACCACUAAACACGAAGAGAAAUCUGAUUUGUUGUGUUAUUUACCUCAGUGUUGUGUUCUCAUAUCAAAACAUCCUUAUUACUGGGCUCUUAAAGAAUGUUUGUCUUGUUUGGUAGACCAUAUUGAAAGAGAUGUAGAGGAAAUGUACACAUUUUUAAAAGAUUUAACUUAUGUUUUAUGUAUGACUCCAGUUCCACCAUCUGGUAACGUACAGAUAGAAUUUAUUUUGUACAAUUUGACAGUAACGUUACCACCAGCUUAUAGACCUGAUAAACCGGUCGUUAAUAUGCCCCUUCAUUACGUCUUUCUUAUCUUCGACGUGGAAGAGGUACUCAAAAUCAUUACAGCUAUGCUGACAGAAGAAAAGCUAUGCUUCGUAUCAUCAAGCUAUGCUUUGCUUACAAUCGUGAUGGAGAGUUUUAGAUAUUUUAUCCUACCUUUUGAAUGGAGAUUUACUUAUGUACCGAUUCUGUCGCAGUCAGCGCUAGACUUCCUGGAAGCUAUCGGUGCCUUUAUGAUGGGUUGUCAUAGUAAACAUUUAAAUGUCGUUAAACAGAUCAAUGAUAUUGUGGUGGUGAACAUUGAUGAAGGUACAGUCAGUAUCAACGUAGUCAUAAACGACCAGGAACCAACAUCUGACACGAUGUGUCAACGACUUACCAUCAUGCCUAGAGCUCCAGCCACCAUUUUUAAACAAGGUUGUAUCAGUCGCAAAUUUCAACGUGAACUUUCAGAGGUGUCUAAGCCAUUUUGUACGAACUAUAAGUCAGAGAGAAGUCAAGCUAUGAAGAUGAUACAGAAGUUUAACGGUGAUAUUAGUUUUGCUUGUCUCGAGUUAAUGGUCAAUCUAUUUAGAGGUAUCAUGGAUCAUAUAAAGAUCCGAGCAACGUACUUCAAUCACGAGGGUUUUCUAGAGAGUGUACCUUCAGAGUGUAGAGAGUUCUAUAAAAAGAUAUUACCUUCUUCCAUGUUUAAAGCGUUUUUACAAGACAGAUUCAGUGAGAAAGUUGAUUAUUGGUCUGAAACGGAGCUGAAAUCACGACCUGUUGCUAAAAGGAUGAGUUUGACUUCAGUCACGAAAGCCAGGGAACCAAGGAGUCGUGCCCUGCUCACAACUGUUAACAGUUCUAGUUAUAAAUUCUGUUUAUAUAUUGACAGGUCGCGAAAGCCAGUGAGUAAACAGGUGUCUGUGGCGUGCCUACCUAUUUUUAAUCGUCAAGAAUAUAAGACUCUGUUUCUUCCGAGUUUCAAUAAUAUUAAUACCUACGUUAGACAGUGUAUACAGUUACUGACUACUCAAAUAGAGGAAAGUCAAGACUAUACAGCAAGGAAUUCCUAUCGAUAUCUACGAGCCAUGUUCCUAUCAGCAGCCGGCAAUUACCCACAAUCCCUAGAUGACCUUUUUAAUCUACAGUCUGGAUUUUCUAGUCUACAACCAAAAGAUUUAAUACGAGGAAUGCUGGACGAACUUUCAGAGAAAGAGAAAAAAGAGCUGUAUAAACAGAAAGGAUACGAACGUCAGAUAGAACAAAUACUGGAUAAUAAAGACUAUGUUACUAGGCAACAGAUUAAAACUAAUAUCCACCCUCCAGAUCACGACUUAUUUUUUGAUGAGUUUUUAGAUGCUGUUGCUUUAAGAGAUAUGGCUACAGAUUAUGAAAUUUCUUCUGCUCUCUUCACUGCUCUAAAAACUUCCAAAUUUGUAGAUCAGCUGACAUUCGAGAUGUUUGAUAAAUGUUAUCAAGAAAAUAAAAAGAUCUGUCUAGAAUGUUUGGAUAAUUUUGAAGCUGAUGAUAUCGAUCAUGAGGAUAUCUUACGAGUUUCAUCUCUUAUGAAAAUGAAUGAUAGAACUGGUAGAAUCGCCCUGACUAACAAAAGAUUGUUUUUUUUAAAAGAUGGUUCAAAUAGUUUUAUAGAAUUAAUAAAACUUCAUGAUGUAGCUAAAAUAGAGAAAACUCAACUCUCUUCCUUUCUUAAAGCUAUAGAUGCUAUAUCUAUCCAAAAUGAAACUGGCAGCAUAAAGUUUACAAUAUGGUUGAAAGAAGAUCGAAAUUGGUGGUUUCUAUUGAUACAAGAAAUGAUUUGUGGUCGUCUGGUUUCCAUAGCAACUAAAGAUCAUUCUGUUACCCAUCAGGCAUCACAGAAUGUGCUUCUGAUUGAUGCAGUUAUAAGGAGUGGACUAUUUGAGCAGUCAGCUCAUUUCAACAGAUUGGGUGAAUCAGCCGAGUCAUUGUGUUACUACACCAAAUACGUAGCAGAUGGACGCCAUAUUUUACCUGAACCAACUCUGACAGUCCUGCAGAAACGAGUUGACCCAAAUCAGUUGGAAAGACAGAGAACUACAGUUGAGACUCUUCUUUAUACACCAGGCUUUGUAACCCCCGCUGGAGAAGAACAUGCCCCUAGAUUAUGGUGUGGGUUAGGAGAUAGGAAAAUUAGAAUAUUUGAUGCCUCGACUUUCCUCUUGGAGACGAACUACGUGACAACUAAAAAAAAUGUAAUCAGUCUGGCAUCUGUAGAUGAUAAUCACGUCUGGGCCGGUGCUUCUGGAAUCUAUAUAAUAGAAACUGAUACUCUCACCACUAGUAAAACUCUCUCAGAUCAUAAGGACUUGGUGUGUUCUAUCUACCUCUCACAAGACAAAAAGUCUGUGUUCUCAGGCAGUUUAGAUGGUGUCAUUAUAAAAUGGGAAAUAUCCUCUCUAAAGCCUAUUCAAGUUAUCCAUCUUGAGGGGAAAGUUUGGCUACAUUCUUUACGUUUGGCUGAUAAUAAACUUUGGUGUGGUACAUGGAGUGGAAUACAAGUAUUUGAUGAAUCUGGAAAAUGGUUAAGCAAGUUGGACUAUUCCUGCAUGGCAGAUGUACAACCUGAUCAGGAAAUCGCUUGUUUUGAAAUCACACCAAAUCAGUUAUGGGCGGGACUUAGAAGAAAAGGUGUGGUUUUGGUAUGGGACAGACAGACGACAAACUGUGACCAUACCAUACAAGUCUGUAAACGUGGCAUCACAACUAUGGUCUUGUCCAAUGAAAAGAUGUGGAUUGGAACGAAAGAGUGGGAAAUUCACGUUUAUACUCUUGAAAAACGAACUCUGUGGAAAAAAUUAGUUGGGCACACUGACGCCAUUAGAUCAAUGUGCCGAGCAGAAGAUCGCUACGUCAUGUCCGGAUCUUGUAGCAAAAUGAUUCUAAGACUAACAUUAUUGGCAGUAUUGGUGUCAGGGAUCGUUGGAAGAUCCUAUUUUACUAAAUUAGGGUAUUUGAGAUUACCCUACCAAGUAACCCCUAACAUAGAUUUUAAACUCUUCGGUGAUACUGUACAUGAAACAGCCUACGAUUCUACAAACAGUAUUGUCUAUAUUGUCGGUAAAUAUAUCUUCUCAAGUAUGGGGGAAGAGAAGGGAGGUCGUGGAUCUAAACUGCUCCAUGUUAUAGAUAUCAGUAACUUAAAUACUCCAGUACGGUUGAUGUCCUACGAGUUCAAAGUUGGUGAUGGCGUCCCUCAGGAUGUUGAAGUCUGUGGCAGUCGUCUGGCAGUGUCCUUGACCUCUGAUAUCAGCGUUUUUGAAGGUCAUGUUCAGUUUUUUGACCUCUACAACUCAGCCUCUAAUUCCUUGAACUAUAGAAACAAAAUCACUGUUGGUGUACAGCCAGAGAAUAUCGAGUUUACACCUGACUGUAAGACCUUACUGGUUGCUAACGAAGGUUCACCUGGUGUCGACCAUCUUAAAAGAUACGUAGAUCCUGAAGGUUCCAUCUCUUUGAUUAACUUUGAUUUGUCUGGAAACGCUAUCGAGAAAUUUAUAGAUUUUAAUAAUUUCAAUUUAAGAGAAGAUAUUCGACUUCCAGGCAGAGCGAUUCCAACAGCUGUUCUGCCAGAGAGAAGCACUGUGGCCCAGGAACUGGAACCAGAAACCAUCACUGCUGUAGACAAUAACUACGCUUACGUCACUUUUCAGGAAAAUGAUGCUAUUGGAAGAAUCAAUAUUAAGAGUGUGGCAGCAGACCAGCUGGUAGUUCUACCCACGAAAGAGUGGAUAAAUUAUGGGAUGGAUGCCAGUGACAAAGAUGGGGGUGUACAUCUGAGAAACUAUCCCAUCUACUCUCACCGUCUCCCUGAUGCUGUUAAAUCUAUCAAAAUUAAAAAGAAGAACUAUCUGAUUACUGCAGAUGAAGGCACAAUGACUAGCUAUACCCAGGAUUCACAUGGUUUCAAUUUCAAUCAUGCUGCUAGAGGUCAUCACUUAGCUUCAGCCAAUUCUUUUGACACCAUUAGUAUUGAUAAUGCAACCUUAAUUGCUCAACUUGGUCAAGACAGUAGACUUGGGCGUCUCCACAUCAGUCAGAUCGAUGGAAUCUCUAAAUUUACGGGUAAAAUUGACAAAGUCCACACGUUUGGUGGUCGUGGAUUUUCUAUUUGGGAUGCGACUAGUUAUAACUUGUUGUUUGAUAGUGGUGAUCAUCUGGAGAGGGCGUCAUCAGUCAAUCCUUACUAUCCUGUAUUUAACACUGAUAUAGUCGACCCUGAUCAAAAUUCAGCAGAGUCCUUGAAAGACACUGUCUCUGACGACAUGGGACCGGAAGUAGAAGCUAUAGACGUUCGUUCUGAUAAUGGUAACAACUAUGUGGUUGUGUCCGCCGGAAACACAGGGACUCUAUACCUCUAUACGUUUAACACGACCUCCUCGGGAGUCAAUGUGUUCUAUGAACAUAUAUACCGUCGAGGUGAUGCCACAGAGCUGUAUGCUGAGGCUUAUAAUAAGAAUAAUGCUGGCGAUCUUUAUAUUAGUGAUGUUCGAAUCAUAAAAAGUAAUGAACAUCCGUCUAACAGAACUGUAGUGAUGGUCGCCUCGAAAGCUACUGGUUCUAUCUCGUUCUAUAGGAUAGAUCAAAACGGACAACCUAGUACUCCCCUAAAUUAAAAUAUAUAGUUCCUU